AUGUCAAACCCAAACUCCAUCCAAUCCCUCAGCGACCGAGUCAAGGACUCAUCUCAACAAGCGAACCUAUCCCAAUCACCCAGUCAACAAGCCAGCCAAAUACCCCUUCCCAACUCCUCGACUCCGAAAUCCUUAACCCAACCGUUAAGCAAAGAGAAUAGGCCGACAGGCAAUCUCAACCCCGCACCCAAAGGGAAAGAAACUACGUCUACCAAGACGGGAGAACCGGAUCCAGCUCUUCAGAGCUCGGUAACCAGGUCAACGCUAAAGAACCCUAUAGAGAUCAUAGAUGGAAGCAACGAGACCCCGUCUCAAUCCAAAUCAACGAACGCUAGGGCGAAAGAGAUACUCCUGGCCAAAGCCGUGAAAGCUCAAGAAGAUGGCGACGAUGCAAAGGCGGACCGAUUCUUCGCGAUGUUCGACACGCUAUCGAAGGAGUCCCCCCAACCUUCGAAUGAGAAGACAACCCCCACCACAGCCCAAGCCACCCCAGACUCAUCUCUCAACAAUAAGAAAAGACCGAUCGAAUCGGAAGGCACCACACAAGUCCGUGGCAUCAAGUUCAUCUGGGCCAACACCAACUCGCACGACGAUGGGGGGUUCACGCCUUACUUUCACAAGAAUCUGCUCGAGCUAAAAGGGCCAAUCCCCCUGACAAUUUUCAACAAAACCUGGCAAGAGGAAGCUUUAUCUCACCACUCAAAAAACAGGCCUAAAUCUGAUGAAUCUUCAGCCGAAAAGAACCUCCGCUACCAUGGCCUAGCCGUCCCCGACGAGUGGCUCCAAUCUUUCUCCGAUUGGACGCUCAAUCAUCAAUGUUUUUACGAGACGAUCCGCGAUAGAUACAACUACCCGGUCCUUGCUGAGUGGAUCCUCCUACACAAGGCCAACUGCGACAGACUGCAGAAGAAACAUGGUUUCAUGGUAGCGCUACGCUACGACAUUAGGAUCCGAAACAAUGCCUUCGCUUUCCGCGUUGAGAAGGACGGGGAGGAAUCAUUCUCGAAUAUAUCACUCUUCAAGCCAGAGACGGCAGACGACGCCCACUCCGAAUCCAGAAACUUCAAUGAACUUGGGGUGAGGGAUAACCCAUACGCGCUCGGCGGCCCUCGAUACGGAUGGGACCCACACACAGGCCAAAAGCGAACGAAGACCACAGCAUCAACCACGCCGAACAACAAUACCAACGGCAGUAAAGCCCCCCUUGCUGGGUCCUCCCAAUCACUAUCCCAAGCCCCCGCAAACUCCCUUCCCCCAAGACCAGAUCAGAAUAGACCGCCCAGAACCUCAGGGUACAAGGGCAGGAAUUACAACCCCAACCAUGGAUCAGCUACCAGACGACGUGGCAAUGAGAAAGUAAGGGCCCACACAGAGCCCCAGUCGUUACCGUUAGCUUCUAACAAACCCCACCGCUUGGAACCUGCCAAAGAGGGGACUCCAGAUUGGCCCGAAGCCAUAAGAUGUGAGAUGGACGUAGAAGAGUGGGAAAGAUCGCUCGAGAAAGCAGGCCUCGCCCAGGAGUUUUCGGAUGUGAUACGGGGUUUCAAAGAAGGCUUCGACCAAGGGAUCCCAAACCACAACUUAGGUCCGGCGACCCCAUACUUCACACCUCCCAAUCACCAAUCGGCACUUUUGGCCCAAGACAAAAUAGAACAAUCUAUGAGGAAAGAAGUAGAAGCGGGCAGAAUGUUCGGCCCGUACACUCAUGAGCAACUAAUGAAGAAAUUCAGUUUCUUCCGAACGAAUCCACUAGGCGCAGCGGUGAACGGAGACGGAUCUAUCAGACCGAUCAACGACCUCUCCUUCCCGAGGAACAACCCUCUAACCCCCUCAGUCAACUCCUUUGUCGACAAACUGGACUACGCCACCACUUGGGACGACUUUGAGAACGUCUCUAAAUUCUUCAAGAGGCAAACCGGCCCCCUCCUCCUAGCCCUUUUCGACUGGGAGAAGGCCUAUCGCCAGAUCCCAACGGCAAAAUCUCAGUGGGCCUACCUGAUGGUCAGAGACUUCAACGGUGGGAUCCUCAUCGACACCCGGAUCGCCUUCGGAGGCGUGGCAGGAUGCGGCUCCUUUGGUAGGCCCGCAGAUGCUUGGAAGCAAUUAAUGCUCCACGAGUUUGACCUAGUCACCGUCUUCCGUUGGGUAGACGACAACUUAUUUGUCAAGCACCCCGACUCAAAAGUCGAAAUGGAUCAUAUCGUGGCCAGAUCGGAAAGCCUCGGAGUCAAAACAAACUCGACAAAGUACUCACCUUUCAAGGAAGAACAAAAAUAUAUCGGAUUCAUCUGGAACGCUACCAGGAAGUCAGUACGCCUGCCCGACGACAAGAAGUACCAGCGGGUACAGCAGAUAAAAGAGUUCCUCCAAAUCGGCUCUGAGUUCUCCUUCAAACAGGUCGAGGUGAUGGCAGGGAGGCUAAACCAUGUUUCAUACCUCCUCCCGCAACUCCGAUGCUACCUGAAUAGCCUAUACCGAUGGAUGAACACAUGGGUACAUCGAUCCAAAGACCUACCCUUACCACCAGGCGCAAGGGUCGACCUGCAAGAGUGGCUAACCACUCUCCUCUCAUUUAAGGAAACUCGAAUGAUACGAGACCCAGAUCCGAUCGAAAUCGGGUGGAUGGGUGACGCGUCGACUAGCUACGGCAUCGGAAUAACCAUAGGCCGCCGCUGGGCCCAAUUUCAACUCACCAAAGACUGGGACAAAGGUCCCGAACCAAAACGGGAUAUCGCAUGGCUUGAAACAGUUGCGAUAAGGCUCGGUCUGAUAGCCCUAGCACAACUCAGCGUGAAACGCGGGAAAACCAUUAUCGUGUGGACCGACAACACCACAACCGAAAGCGCCAUCCUGAAACGUAAGUCGAAACACCAAGCGGUGAACGACGAAUGGAAGAUCAUACAAAGACUGCUGAUCGAGAUGGAACUGGACAUAGUCUCAAGGAGAGUUUCGUCGGGCGACAACGUCGCAGACGCAUUAUCCAGGGGCAAUAGAGAAGGAAGGGACCCACAACUCCAAAUCCCUAUCACCGUCCCUUCGGACCUGGAGCAUAGAAUGUUCCAAUCCGUUUCAGCCAUCACAAGCAAUGGCUCCGAGCCCCGAGAACCCACCGCCCAAGAGAGACACUACCUCCUGGGCUACAGGUGGAAUACCCUACUCAGUUAUAAUGCCGCGAUUAAAAAGUAUCAGAGCUUCGCACGGGAUACCGGCAAGCCAACUUUCCGACUACCCCUAACGGCCCAAGAUAUCUUCGACUUCUGCUGCUGGGCAGGCAGGACCGCUGAAUCUUCGACGACCCACGAAAUCUCAGCAAACACACUCAGCAAGUACCUCGCCGGGCUACAAAUGUGGCACGUCUACCACAACGCCGUGUACCCCGCGGACUCCAAGACGAAGGUGGCCACCUUCCUCAAAUCUUCGGCUUACAUUGACGCAGAAACGGACAAAAAGCCCAAGAAGAAACCAGUCACCAUUGAGAACCUGGUGAAGCUGACUGAACUCCUCAUUGACGGCGACCCCUUCCAAAAGGCCCUCCUGGACUUGAGCGUGGUUGCAUUCUGGGGGAUGGCCCGCUUAGCCGAGCUCACCUACAACGAAGGUAGCGGGCCCCUAAGGAAAACGGCCUCGCUACUGACCACGGACGUAGAACUAGUCUACAAGGAAAGGGAGAACCUUGCUAAGCUCACCAUCCGUGGCGCGAAAACGGCCGAUCCUGGGCAAUCCCAAACCAUAUACCUCAAAGAGCUCCCGCACAUGCUCUGCCCAGUCCUUGCUGUCAAAAGAAGGUUGGCCGAAGCUGGCGGAGCCGAAACGUCCUUGUUCGGUUACACCGACCACCAUGGGGAAAGGUUCCACCUCACCAAACCUCAAUCAACCCGUGCUCUAUCUAAGAUCUGGGGAGCCUGCGGCUUCGAGGGCGUAUCCGGCCACUCCUUCCGAGUCGGUGGCGCGUCAAUCCAAGUGGCUUUGGGUGUUCCAAUCAGCGAGAUCCGCAUCAGAGGUCGUUGGGCCUCAGAUGCCUACAAGCUCUACCUCCGCGACUUCACCGAAGAGGAGAUGAGGAAAACUAACAAACUCUUGGCUAGACUAGAGGAAUGUUGGAUGCAUGUACCAAACCCCUUAGUGUAA